AUGGUGGUCGCAAGCGAAAAGCUGAGCUAUAUCGCUGAGCCAUCACAAGUCUACGUCGCACCAAAGCCUGCGAACAUCACGACCUUACUAGACUUCAUUGAUUCUCGAGACGACCUUUCAAAUUUAUCGAAAAUUUUACGAGAACCGGCAGGAUUUGCUAAAGCAUUUGACACGGCCCCGACUUGGUCUUUCACCUUCUUUGCCCCAAGCAACGACGCCUUCGAACAUACCGGUGCUUACUAUAGCUCGUUUGCCAAAACGCCGUAA